CAGUUAAAGUUGGCAACUGAGUUGUGUUGCGACGUGUGGAAAAUCGAAGUGAAAAGAUGGCGGAUGAUCAUAGAAUAACGGUUAGAACAAGUCGAUCUGUAAGAUCUCAACUAUUUGGUUGCCACCCAGCAUGUGCUUCUAAUGUCUGGGCAUUAAUGACUUCUAUUGCUCUCCUCGGAGUAGGAGUUUAUUUUGUGGUCAACUCCGCUGCCAAAUUUUGGAUCUGGGUCUAUCUUUUUGCUGCAGGUGGAAUUGUUCUGCUGCUGGAAAUGAUGACCCUUUUCACAUACACUACUUGUUGCAGACAGCGAUGUGGUAAAUGUAUCAAAGCCAUAUGGUUUAUUGAUACCUGGAAAAGAGGAUUGGUGUACGUCAUUGGAGGAAUCUUCUGUUUCAUCCCUUUUAGUGUUGACCUUCGUCUGCUUUGUGAAAUUCGAAAUAUGAUGUUAUACAAGUGUAGUGGACAAGGAUUUGCCAAUUUCCUGGCCCAGUUUCCAGUCACAAUCACUUUGACCCACCUUCACCUACCCAUAGGGCAAGUAGCACACUGCAGGUGCACCACUACCCUGCAACAACAAUGCAUAAAGCUGGGGUACGUACAAAGGCAGCUACAUGUAGCUACGCCAGUGGACAGACUUUCUGUGCUACAUGCUACGUGUACAUGUUUGUAAAUGAUAAUGCAUUGGGACAGUGUCUGACAGUCCCAAUAGCAUGUGAAAU